GACGCGGUUUUAGCCUUAAAAACGCCUAAACUCCCCAUUUUCAGUAUUCAUCGCGACUCUUUAAGCAUACAAUGGAAGAAGAAUCUCCUCGAAUCGCCAUAAUCGACGCAAUUCCAUCAGCUGAGGAGUUUAUUUCGCAAAUUGAACCUAAAAACGUUCCUGUUGUCUUUCAUGGAUGCGUCAACGACUGGAAGGCUUUCAGCAAGUGGAAUCCCUCGAAUGGUGGUCUUGAUUAUCUACAGGGACUAGCUGGGUCGUCAACCGUGGAAGUGAUGCUGUCGAAAUCUGCGCCGGUCUUCUAUGGAAACAUUGGAAACCAUGAGAGGGUCCAGUUACCUUUAUCUACCUUUAUUGGCUACUGCAAGGAUGUUUUUUUGCAAAGCACGGAAGGCCAUGCUCUGUGUUCCAGUACAGAGAUGCUUUUGCCUGCCAACUUUGAAACAGGACAAGACGAUCCGCUGGUUGGAGACAUUCGUCAAAUAUAUUUAGCGCAGGUACCAAUUAUGAAUGUCGAGAAAGAAGAGAGGGUUCAGUUAGAAAGUCUUAUAAAAGACAUUCAGACGCCUCUAUUUUUGGAGACGAAGACCUUGGCUUCUAUUAAUCUAUGGAUGAAUGGAGCUCAAGCAAGAUCAAGUACUCACUAUGAUCCACAUCAUAACCUUUUAUGUGUUGUCUCGGGAAGCAAACAAGUUAAUUUGUGGCCCCCUUCAUCCAGUCCCUUCUUGUAUCCAAUGCCUUUGCAUGGGGAGGCUUCAAACCACAGCGCUGUUCCGAUGGAUGAACCUGAUAUUUCUCUUCAUCCAAGAGCAGAACACUCAAAAAAGUAUGUGCAGAGGGUGAUUCUCCAUGCAGGUGAUGCACUUUUCAUACCUGAAGGAUGGUUUCACCAAGUUGACAGUGAAAGUUUAACUAUUGCUGUUAACCUCUGGUGGCGGUCUGAAAUGAUGUCUGGCAUGUCAGAACACAUGGAUUCGUAUUAUCUGCGCAGGAUAUUGAAAAGACUGACAGACAAAGAGAUGAAUCGGAUGCUGGGAAAGACUUUCCCUUGUGCGAGUAACAAGUGUUCUUAUGAACAAUCAGAUGACCAUGGCUGCAGUUUGGGCGCCAACAGCAACAUCAAGGUUUCUGUUGGGAAUAAGUUAAAUGAUGGGAAUACGCUACGUGAUCUAGAACCUUCUGCUCUCAGAUCUCUUCAUGAACUUGUUUCUUUAGUCCAUGAUCGUGUCAAUGCUGCUGAUUUGAGUAAUGCAGUGGAUUCAAUAUCUGAUAUGGAGAAAACUGGGCCCAAGAAAAUUGUGAUAUCAGAAUUGUAUCACCUGGAGGAUGACCCAGUUGCUAAUAUUUUUUGGGCUCUUGAACCACAUAAUCUUCAAAAAUUGGUCCUUGCAAUGGUGCAUCACUUCCCAAGAACAUUGGAGGCUUUAGUAUUACACUUGAUUUCACCGGUUGGAGCUGAAGUUCUUACUCGGAAAUUUGAUGAGAUGGAUCAGGUAACUAAUGAAGAAGAAAGGAAUGAAUUCUACCGGGCAUUUUAUGGUGUAUUUGAUGAUCAAUUUGCUGUAAUGGAUGCACUUCUUAAUGGAAAGGAGUCAUUUUCUUGCCAGGCAUUUAAGAAUGUUAUGGAUCGAUUUUUGGGAGUUAAAGUUCAAUGACCAGAUACAUCAGUGGAAGAAGACAUUUACUGAAAUUGGUCCCUCGAGUGGUCACAAAAAUGCGGAUUGGUACUUGCAGGUGGAAGCCUUUUCUCUGCUCCAGUACACCCCUACAUGAAAUACUAAUUUCUAGAACAGAGGUAUGACUGCAUGGUUCAACAUGCCGAUGCAUUAUGGGAUCCGUUUUUAUAUCAGGUAAACCGUUUUCGAUACAUUUUAGGAGGUUUGUAUUGUGCGAUUUCGUGGACUUGUGAAUAAAAGCUGCAAUAUGGUCGUCCCCCGAUUGCAUGGAACGAUCAUUCAAGUUAUGAAAUUUUUAAAAACAUAGCCGUUGAUGGUUCCCUUCCCUUGGGUAAAUUUGAAUCUUCU